GAUAUUUUAUGCUUUCUGCUAGUAAAGUUUUAUCAUCAUAUUAAACAUGUAAAAAGAAAUAGUAACAUUCCACAUUCCUAAAUAACAUCAAAACUGGGAUUUUCGGCUGCAGCGGAAUAUACAAUCAAAUCAUGACAGAAUCUGAUAUUUUGUGUCAAAGCUGUGGCCAAUUAUACAUCUCGAAAAAUUCCGAAAAUUCUUCUGCAUCUUUUACCAAACAUUGCGUUUGUUCAGAUUCUGUUGAAAAUAUCAAAAUAACCUUCCAUGAAAAUAAAUUAGCUGACAUACAUCAACGAAUAGAAAUUAUUAUGCCCGUUGAAGUUGAAAAAGACAAAUCACUAGAUUAUUUUAAAGAGGACCAAGAUCCUAUUAAAACACCGUCCAAACAGGAAUCAAUAACUGAAAGUAAAAAACGUACAAGCAGUUUACUUAGAAGGCUUAAAUCGUCUAAGACUUCUGAAAACAAAUUUGGGGCUGUCGAUGAAACUGUCGAAGAAACUGUCGAUGAACCUCCUCCUUCCUCCUCACCCGAUCCAGAUGAAGGAAUAGAGAAUAUUAAUACUGAAAAUGAGGAAAAAACUAAUUCGAUAGAGUCUCUUCCACAUGAAGCUUUUGGAGAAACACAGGAACCUAUUUCCACCAUGAACAGUGGAACUCAAAAUGAACCACCCAUUGAUUCCGAUGUUAGAGAAGACGUUUCAACAAUCACCGACAAGAAACCUUCUAUUGAUAGUGCCGAUGUUAAAGAAGACGUUUCAACAACCACCGAAAAGAAACCUUCUAUUGAUAAUCCCGAUGUUAAAGAAGAUGUUUCAACAACCACCAAAAAGAAACCUUCUAUUGAAAAUCCUGAUGUUAAGGAAAACGUUUCAACAACCACCGAAAAGAGUCCUUCUAUUGAUAAUGCCCAUGUUAAAGAAGACGUUUCAACAACCACUGAGAAACAACUUUCUAUGGAUAAUCCCGAUAUUAAAGAAAACGUUUCCACAACCACUGAAAAGAAGCCUUCUACUGAUAAUCCAGAUGUUAAAGAAGAUGUUUCAACAAUCACCGAAAAGAAACCUUCUUCAGUGUCACAACAGCUGGAACAAAAUGAGAACAAUCAAUUAGUUCCCUAUGUAUCUAAAGACAAUUACAGUCAAAUCGAUUCCAUAGAUGACCUGAAUGAAGGUAAUAAAAGUGUAUCAAAACAAGAUGCUAUUUCAAAGAAAUCACAUACAUCGGACAAAGGUACUGACAGUCAAUUAGUUUCAGUAAAUCAACAAACUGACAAGGAAUCAUCAAAUAAAUCAAUCUUAACAAAUAAAGAUGCACGCCGUAACUCCUCAUGUCCCAAAACUGAUAUGAAAAGUGAAGGCCAACAAACUUUGUGCAAAUGUGGUAGAAAAGAUCAGUUUCCUUGCGAAUACUGUCUGGAUGAGUAUAAAAGGUGUAAAGAAAAACAGAAAACAGAAAGAGGUUGUGGUUGUGAUAAAACGUUUGAAGACAAAGCUGACGAUUGUCUUAGUAAGUGGUGUAUUCUACCGACAUUAGGAGGUAAACCAAACAAGCACAAAAAAUGUGACCCUCCUAAAAAACCUUCCAAGGAUGAAAAAUGUGAGGAUAGUUUAAAAGUUUCUAAGAAUGAAAAAUGUGAGGAUAGUUUGAAAUUGGAAAGACCAGAUAAGGACAACACCGAUGAAGUAUGUCCGUGUUGCAAUGGUUGUAUGACAAGUGAACAAAGUGAACAUUUUAAGAAGUGGUUAGAGCAAUACACCCGGCCACAAAAAAUCAAAUGCGAUGGUGAGAAUAAAGCGGAAAAUAGAAACAAUUGUAAAAGUAAACAUUUGAUAAUUGAACAAGAUGAAUCAAAGUCUAAAUAUCCAUCUACAGACGAUGAAAGGAAUAAACCGCCACCGGACUGCAAACCUCAAAAAAUUAAACCAGAGAAGAAAAAGAAAAAGAAAAAGAAGGAAAGGAGAAACUCUUGUGAAGAUGUGGUUUGUCCUCAUUGUAUGGGUUCCAUCACGUUAGAAGAAGUGAUAGAAAAUUUGAGCGAAACUGCAAUUUACGAAGAGGCAAUUAAAGAGAAUGGAGAUCUGGAUGACAAUAAGAUUUGCAUAUGUGAGAUGAAUCACGGGAAUUUAGUAAUGAGCUCUUUGUCACGUGGUUUAAAGGAUCAAAUUAUUAAUUUUGAUCUUAACAGUACUCCAACAAACGAAGAAUUAAACGAAUCAGAAACAAUUUAUGCAAUUACAAAAAUUAAAUUUGAUGAAAUAAAUGAAAUGCGCAUCGUUGACGUCAAACCUUUGGAGAGCGAUGGCGUUUUUAUGCUGCAGAAACAGAGUUUCAUUAAAAAUCCCAGUUGCAAAUAGGAUAACAAUAAAUCAUCAUUAAUGUUACAAUUAAAAGUGCAUAUUAUUAAUAAAAAA